AUGUGUUUCGAUAAGACGGGAACUCUGACCAAGACUGGUCUCGACUUCGUAGGGAUCGUUAGAGUGGAUGCCCACAAGCCCACUGCCCAACCAAAGUUGCUAUCGUUCUCUGGAGGACCUCCGACGAGUGGGAUGGAAGGCCUACUUGGUCCUGGUCUGGCUCUCACCCACACGGUCAGCGUCGUCGGAGCUAAGCAGCGUGUUGGGCAUCAGGUCGAGUUGCGCAUGGUAGAAGCAGCGAUGUCGCUGGGUUGGGUCUACAACAGCGAUAUGUCCAUCGUAGAGGAGCCGGCAGGCUUGGGCAAGUGGGAGGUGUUGAAGCAGAAUGCCUUCGAUCACCACACUAUGACCAUGAGUGUGGUGAUACAGAAUAUGGAGAGUGGGGAGGCCUACGUCUUCUGCAAGGGCUCCCAUGAGGCUGUCCUGUCGAGGUGCAACUUCCAUCGUGGGGAGGAGAGUGCAGGAUCGGAUACUCGUGAGGUCUUCGAAGGCCUCGUGGUCUCGGCGGCCGAGCAGUACGCUGCUGAAGGGUGCUAUGUGCUGGCUAUUGCUGCUCGGAAGCUCAGUGGGGGGUCGAAAGGUCGAUCGGCCUCUCGUCAGGAGUUGGAGUCGGGCCUGUCUUUGUUGGGACUGCUGCUGUUCCGCAAUGAGCUCAAGCCGGACUCCAAACGCCACAUUGAGUGCCUCAAGGCUGGUGGUAUCGAUAGUGUCAUGAUUACUGGUGACUCGGUCCUCACUGGUGCGACGGUGGGCCGGAAAGUCGGUAUCAUACCGCGGGCUGACAGAGUUGUGAUUGGUGGGGCCUCCGCUGAAGGGACGGAUAUCGAGUGGCGUGACAUGGACUCCCAUGAGAUAGUCCCAGAGACCGCUGU